CGGGUCUGGAGAUGAGUUAGCCGUUGCGUCUUGGUAUUAUCCUGCGCAAUUGUCUAGUCUUAUCCGAAGCUCCGGCCAGGCCAAUAACUUUUCCAUCUACUUCUCGAAGUUUAAUGCGCACUAUUUCCAGAGAAGAUGCGCUCCGAGUGUCGAUCCUAUACUCUGCUAGUUUAUAUGUAUAAUACUUCGCAGGCCAGUGUUUUGAGAAGCGUAUGGUGGGGUGAUGUCUCAAUUCGGGGUGGGAUUCUGCUGUCUUUCCGAUCAGCCAAACUUGAAUGCAUUAACUCGCGGUACCCCUAUGGGUUACUAGAUCUGGAAAGACAUGUGACUUCAGAUUUCUCCAAAAUAUUAGGUGGCUAUGCUUUACAAUUGGCGUUUCAUUGAAAGUUUCCUAUAGGACUUCCUGUAGCGCAAAAAUAC